AUGCUCCAGGUCGGAACGGCAGGGCAAGUGGGCGACGUUGAAAUGCAAGACCUUUUGUUCACAACCGUCGGCCCAACAGCAGGUGCAGUCCUCGUCGAAUGGAACCUGCAGGCGUCGUCCCAGGGUGCUGCCGGUCUCUGGGAUUGUCACGCACGUAUAGGAGGCGCUACCGGGACGAAGCUGACCCCAGCUGAGUGUCCAGCUUCUACGAGCGGCACUGACUCAGGCUGCAACGCUGGAAGUCUGAUGAUGCACCUCACGAAAUCUGGCUCGGGCUACUUUGAGAACAUGUGGCUUUGGGUCGCAGACCACAUGAUAGAGUACGUUUAUGCACCUUUCCGCCUCGAGCAUCGAGCACUAUAG